AUGUGCGCCCGGCGGCGGGAGGCGGCGGCGGAGGGGCCACGACGGCGGCGGCUGCUGCUGCUGCCCUGCUGCUAUAGCUCCGCCGCGGCGGGCCCGGCGACCAGGAGCCGCUGCGUCAAUGUAACGGCGGGGACGGGGGGCGGAGGGGACGGGGAGGACGAGGGGGGACGCUGGGUGGCAUUUCCACGCCGCGCGUGGCCGGGGGGAGAGGGGGGCGGCCCCCGCGCUAAACCGGCCCCCGUGGCUCGCCCCGCGCCGCCGCGCGUGGCACGGAGCGGCCGCCGCUGCCUGCGAGCGCCGCCGCCGCUGCGAGGUAAGGCCAGGGCGGCCGCGGGGCGCUCGGUGCCCCCCCGAGCCGUGGGUGCCCGGGGACGGGGGGCGCGCUCCGGGGAGGGGGCGCGGCGGCGGCGGCUGGUUCUGGUCCCGGUCCCGGUCCCGCGGGCGGCUGUCCCGGGAGCAGCGCAGGCGGGCUGGCCGCGGGUGCUGGCGCGGCUCCGCAUCGCUCCUUUGUCUGGCGGCGGCGGGCCCGGGCUCCGCUCCGCUCCGGCGGGCGGCUGCGGAGGGCGGCUGGCGCGGUAG